ACAGUAUCAGUGCUCAGUCAGUCAGGGCGGACAGAAGGACCUGUUGGGAGUGUGUCUUGUGCUGUCAUCGGGCUGGAGAGGUCGGUCAAGCCAUUCAGACAGACAGACAGAUAGAGGCGAAGUCAUCUGUGUGUCAGUCCUCCAGCCAUUCAGACAGAGACAAGCGAAGUGCCCUGCGUCAGUCUACAGAGGACCAGACACGCCAAGCAACAGUCUGUCAGUUUGAUAACCAUCUCACCAGUCUCCCAGCCAGCCAGCCAGCAAACGCAAGCAAUCAGUGACACAAUCCACAUCAGCCACUCAGCCACCUCUGUGUCGGCCAGCCAUGUGGUUCCUACGGCUCGGGGCAGUGGCGAUAGUGGCGGCGGCGUCGGCGUUGGACAUCCUAGACACGCCAGACUACCAGAAGUGUGCCAACGGACUCUUCAACCAGGUGAAAGAAAAGCUUGACACAGACAUGAACGCCUUGAAUGUCAAGUUAAUGAACGUCAUGAACGUCACGCUCAAAGUUCAGCAGCAAUGUACAACCACACCCAGCCCAGCGGUACCUCAAGGCACUCAGGAAGUCUCCGGCUCAAAUCUCCCGACACUGUUCCAGAAAAUUGAGAUUAUGGAGGAGACACUGAACCAAAUGCAGAGAAAGCUGAGCGCAUUAGCAACGGUAGAGGAUUUAACUCAGAUGGAAAACUCUAUCAAGAAUAAAGUAGAGGAAACCAUGAUGAAUGUCGAGGAUAUGGUGAACGACAGUGCGAAGAAGCAGGAUGUUAUAGAAGUGGUUAAUGAGAGUGUGAAAGUAGUGCUGGGAUCAAUUGAAGAGGCACAGCGGCAGUGUGCAAACGAGGUCACGGGCGCUGCUCUAGUGACCCAAGAAGUGGCGGCGCUGAAGGGAAGCGUGAACGAGAUGGAAGCGAAUUUUGUGGAGAUGACUAAACGCUUAGAGGGGAUGGUGACACAGAUUUUAAACUUCACACAGCUCUCUCUGCCAACCCUGCCACCCUCUACUACCACGCCGCAAGGGCCCGUCUACCCCUGCGAGGACUCUACCUUUCCCGGCAAUCCUGGAUAUGACGUGUGCCAGGCAGUCCUGCGGUUCGACAAGUGCCGCCUGCGGACCGUGGCCUACCACUGUUGCCACACGUGUACCUCUCACAACAAACUGCCAGAGAUGGGGCCGUGGCGCUACGAGAACGCCAGCAGAGUUGUAAACACCCUUGAUGUGUUCAGAUUCUUUAGCCUGUGAUGGAGCGGUGGUAGAGUUAAUGUUCGUGUGUGUGUGUGUAUGCAAGGGUGCAGCGCUUGAUGUAUUUUUGAAUGUUGCUGUGUCUUAACUGCGGUUUCUUUUGGAAGUUAUUGGCAGUUCUACAAGAAUGUUUUCUUUUUUUCCCUGUAUGUAAGAGAGGCACUGGCCAGGGGAAACAAGAUGUACAUAAAAGAAAGGCCCGCUGAAGUGCCAUUCGCUAAAAAGUUUUGCUAAGAUUAGAGGAGUCUUGACUCUUGAGAUCUCCCUCGUCUUGAAAUCUUCUCUCUCUCUCUUGUGAGUGCGAAAGGCUACGUGGUGGCCUUCACUGUAUUCUUCACUGUAUUCUUCACUGGGCUCUGCUGGAAGUUAUUAGGAUUUUUCAAAGAUGUUUUCAUGAAGGCCCUACAAGUCUGCUGCUUUAUUAUCCCUUUGAUAUUCAUGUGUGUGUGUGUGUGUGUGUGUGUGUGUGUGUGUGUGUGUGUGUGUGUGUGUG